GAAUUGGAGCCAAUUUUCAAAAAAAUCAACAGGAAAAAGUUGAGCAUCGGUGGGCGCAAACGUUGAUUCGCGACUCGCCGGCCAGUCUCGCAGAGCCGAUACAACAUGGCGGCAUGUCAUCAGUGCAGUGCAGUGUUUUGCGUGUUUGAGAAGUAAACGCAAAUUACCAACAUCUCAAUCGGAAUUGGCAAAAGAAGAGACCAAGAAACGAACGCAACACUAGCAAGAAACUCAGCAAUACUUUGCACGCAUUGAUCACAUCUGAGGAUCCACCCCCGACUACUUUCAUUAUUUCCUGUCUGUCUGUGUGUCCGUGGCCUCCCUCUGCAAGAUCACUCUGCUCUCGGCCGCUGACAAACUCAAGAAAGAUAAAAGCGCGUUGUCAUUAAUUGUUUUUAAUUCAACUUGUGAAUUGUAAUAAGCCACUGCUGCUGUGAUAUUUAACGUUAAGACUCGCAACUUGAAUAUAAUCAACAACUGAAAAGAUUUAUGAAAACAUGUCCUACGAUCCUCAGUGGAGUCAUUUCCAGCCGCCAACAGCCAUGAACAACAGCUCCACGUCUGAAGUUUACAACUUCAAAAACCAAGGUCAACAACAUUCUGACUACAACUCUAGUUACUCGUCGCCGUCCCCCUACAUGAGGCCAGUCAUGGGCAGCGGCGGGUAUCCUUCAUCUUCCUCCAACAACUCGUCAUCUUCGUCGGCCCGUUUUCCAACGAUCGGCACAUUUUCCACCACUGACGUUUUCAGCAACGGCGCCUCCUCGGACAAUAAUGUCUAUGGAGGACGCUCCCCACCAGCAUCGUCAAACUCGUCCAACAACUUCGGAGACGCCAUGGCCAACAACCAGAGUAUUCGUGAAACGGGGAUUAUUGAAAAACUUUUGCAUUCUUACGGCUUCAUUCAAUGCUGCGACCGCCAAGCUCGUCUAUUCUUCCACUUCAGCCAGUUCAACGGCAACAUCGAGCACCUGAAAAUCGGAGACCCUGUCGAGUUUGAGAUGACUUAUGACCGCCGGACAGGCAAACCCAUUGCCAGUGCGGUGACCAAGAUAGCACCCGAGGUGGUCCUGAGCGAAGAGCGGGUCAUGGGCCUUGUUACCACUGAGCUGUCGCAGCCGCCUGAGAUGCAGGGUCGCAUCAGCUACGAAAACAGAGGUGAAUGUUUCUUCCUGCCCUACAACAAGGACGACGUUGAGGGCAACGUCACCUUGCGGUCCGGCGACAAGGUCUCCUUCCAGAUUGCCACCAACCAAAGUAGGAGUGGAAAUUUAGCUGCUAGGAACGUCCGCCUGGAAAAUCCAGCGCACCCUGUUCGUUACCAGGGUGUGGUUUGCUCAAUGAAGGAGAGCUUUGGAUUUAUCGAGCGGGCCGAUGUUGUUAAAGAGAUUUUCUUCCACUUCUCCGAGGCAAAGGGCAUGAAAGAAGAACUUGCCCUUGGCGAUGACGUUGAGUUCACCAUUCAAACCAGAAAUGGCAAAGAGGUGGCGUGUAACAUCACUCGUCUUGAGUCAGGCAGUGUUGUAUUUGAGGAUGUUGGCACCGAGACCAUCAGUGGCCAAGUUUUAAAGCCUCUAGAACGCAACUUGGCUCGCCAUCAAAACGAUCCUCUUCCCGGCCGUCUUCGCUACCGCGCUCCUGACCAUAAGGAGGUCGACAUCCAGUUUGGAGACAAAGACCAGCAGGGUGACUUUACCCUGAGACACGGUGACUGGGUUGAGUUCUGUGUUGCUACGGACAGGCGUGACGGCCUCCAGAGAGCCACCAAAAUCAAGAUCCUGCCUGAAUCUUUCAAUGUGUCUGGUGAGAAACGUGAGCAAGGUACUGUUGUCAACCUGAAGGACGGUUUCGGCUUCAUCAACUGUGCUGACCGUGAUGCUCGCAUGUUUUUCCACCUGAAUGAAAUGCUCGACGUUGAUCGCACUCUUCGCAUUGGAGACGAAGUUGAAUUCACCGUUGUCCAAGACACAUCCCAGCCUGGAAGGCACAGUGCUACUCGCAUUCUACUGCUUUCUCCUGGCACAGUUCAGUUUGAGCUGAUUAUGCAGCGGGACAUUAACGGAGUCAUCACCAAAGAGGCGCCUAACCUGACCACCUGGCAGCCCCGUAGUCCAACAAAGGGCGAGAAAACUCAAUUGGAAGCUGGACAGAUUACAUAUAUGGUUGAUGGAGAAAAGACCACUGUCAACUACUAUGCUAAAGAUUGCCAUGACAUCAAGAAUAUCCCACGCAUAAAUGAUAAGGUGAGAUUCAACCUGUCUCAAGUAAAGCGCAACAAAGAAAUCCUUGGGGUGGACGUCCAGGUGACCCAGAAAGCGUCACCAAGCAAGAACGGCAACUCCACCUCUGUCAGCAACUCUGUCGGUCUGAUUCCCCUUGGUCCUGUAGGGUGUCAGUGCCAGGGCUGGGUGGCCGCCAUCAAGGACGGCUUUGGCUUCAUAGAGGCUUCCUCGCACGACCGUGAGGUCUUCUUCCAUUUCAGCAACUACGACCGCGAUCCUUCGACCCUUGAAAUCGGGGCUGAGGUUGAAUUCACCUUGGGUGCCAGAAACACCUCCAACGGCUCCUGCGUCUCAGCUGAAAACGUGCGCGUCCUGACCAAGGGCUCCAUCAAGGUAGCAGAAAUCAACCCAGAGUUGCGGUCUGGCAAGGUGGUCAGGUCCCUCAGAGCGGCCAACCCUGAGCAGGCCGAGUAUGCUGGUCUUAUAAGGGAGGCUCUUGACGAGGACGACGAUGGAACCGCGCCAGCUGAAUUCGAGUUUGGGAUAUCCAGUUUGCAAAACAAGCGGGAGCUGCUGCAAAACGGGGACCCUGUCACCUUCCAGGUUGAUGCAGACAACAGGGCUACCAAUGUUGUUGCCGUCAGGAAGAAGUUGAGGGCCACCGUUGAUACCGUCAAAGGCCAGUUCGGAUUUCUCAAUCACGAGAUGGAAGAUGGUAAAAAGUUAUUCUUCCGCGCCUCUGAGGUUGCUGACAACGUCAACCUCAUGUCUGGAGACACUGUUGAGUUUGUUCUGGUUACCAACCAGCGCACCGGCAAGUCAUCUGCCUGCUCUUUAGUUCGCACUGCAGAUGCGCGGCGUCCAGAGAGGAUGAUGAGCAAGCUGAGGAGCAUCAGCAUCGAUGACAGUGGCCCCAAGGUGGUCACCCUGCGUCAGCCCAAGGGCCCCGACUCAAGCACCAAGGGUUUCAGCAGCGAGGCGCGCACCCCCAGGAAGCCAGGCGUUGUCACCAUCGAGGAGGAGAAACCCGAAGAAACCAAGUAAAAGUAAAUAAUUAUGUGAUAAACAAAAAUCACGCUCGAAUGUUAAAACUACUACGCAGCCUUUCUGCGGCCCGACCAACAAAUGGGCCCUCGCACGCAAUUCUAAUCAAAGUUUCCUCGUAGCUUAAUUAAUUACGCCUCUGAUUUUAGUCCUGCAUUUAUUCGGGGACAAAAAAACAAAAGAGAAAGAAAUUCUUGGUGAAAAUUGAUGCAUAUCAGUGAAAUUAUUUAAUUGAAACAACAAAACCAAAAAUGCUUUAAACAGUCUAGACGACGUGGAUGCUGCAAAAAAAUACAUACAAUUCCUCACCCCUGAUGUUUGCUAUUAUUAAAAUUGAUCUAAUGGUAAAUUUAAGUUGUCGUAAGAUUGAUUUUUGCAGAAGAGAUGCAUAAAUUUUUUAACUGACGCAGUGCUUCAAACCAAGUCACUUUUUAGCAAAACUUAUUGCUGUACUCAUUAUUGAAGUAAUUUUGGGGCAUCACAUAAAAAAAAAGAAUUUCUUAAAAAAAUCUGCACACAAACAAACUAAGCUUUUCUUGCAUAUUUGCCUAGGAAACUUUGCAUAUUAUUACUACACGCUACUAAACUACAACUUUGCGAAGAAAAAAAAAUACAAGAAACGAAUUAUUGCUGUUUUGGUUGAGUAGAGCAGAGAGACGUUUUUAUGAGAAGAAGGUCUAGAGAACUACACAUUUACUAUGAUGAUUAAAACAAAUGAAAUACCAAAGCUCGAGCAAGCAGGACCGUUCACAAUAAAUAAAGACAAUUGGAUUGCAACUGAAUUAAUGUUAACUAGCCGCGAGAGAUGAGUUAAGCAAGCAAGAAAAAAGUAACUUGACGCGAAGAUUUAUAAAUGAAUAAUUCAAAAGUAAGAAAGAAACAACCAUGUGAAUAUAUUAACGCACCCAUUGUUACCAAGACUGAGAAACUGUAACAUUUGUUAAUAUUUAAAGUAUAGCGCUAAGAAGAAGAAAACCAAACAAAAAAAGAAACAAAAGUGAAAAAUGAAAAGAAAGCAUAAAAAAGAAGUUUUUUGAUGAAAAUAUUUGUGUGCAUGUCAACAAGGGAACUGCUUUACUGUAUGUGUCAUUGUUUAUUUCCCCCUUUCUCUCUCUCCGUCUAUCUCCCCCUCUUUUUCCUUCACAUAAUUGUAGGCACACACUGAUGAUAUUUUUGUGUAAUCCUCAGAUUAUGCAAAGCAAUCGUUGUAAAAUUCCUCGUUGAUUUUGAAAUCAGGGUUUUUUGAUGUCUGAGAAAUGUACGGAGAUGCAAAACUAAUUAUACAUUAGUCUAUAGAGAGGAAAACUUUUCUAGCCUUAAUGAAAUGUAUUUUGAAAACUUCUUUUUGGCAAAAACAAAGAAGCUUGGAUCGCGUUAUUAAAAAUUGUCAAACCCCCGCUCCUACGUUUUUGUUAAGUAUAUAUCUUACUAGCAGCUGAGUCAACCAAGAAAGAAGGGAAACUGAUGAGAAAAAGAACUAAAUAAAAAGAAACAGGUUGGGCCGUCGUUCUCCCCGACGGCUCUUGUUAUUCCAAAAAAACUAAUAUUAACUCAAGAUUCUUUCUAUUAAUACGAUGAACAUGUACGAUUCUUUUUAUUCAUGAUAUUCUGGCUUACAAUGAAGAAACAAAAAGUAAUAUUGUUAAUGAAAAAUAAUUGAUUGUACAUUAUGAAAUAUAAUUUGGAAAAAUCAA